CGACCAUUACAGUAUAGAACAGCAUAUAAACGGACACGCCCUACACACAAGUCCAACAAACUUGGGUAAUCACACACAGGACCAAUAUAUCAGGAUUAGCAAUUUGCUCGGUAUAUUUUUCAUCACCAUUCAUUUUAAGCUUAUCCUCAUCCCAACUGCACAAUGAAGUUAGUCCAUAGCUUAUAUGUUCUCCUUCUGUCGACUUACUUAGUCGCCAGUUUGCAAUUACCGUUUGAUACUUCAAGUCUUUUUAAGUUCAAUGAUAUUUUAGAUGGAGAUAUUUAUCGUCAUUAUACUACUCUUAAUGAAGAUGAGUUACCAAUUAACUUGUAUCAAUAUCACGAUGACUUUGUGAUAAGAAUUGAUUAUUCUGACAACCUCGAAUUAAAAAAGUAUAUUUUACUAUCUAAAUCCACUGAGAAUAAUACCAAUAUUUCAUUUCAAAAAUGGUCUAAGAACAAUCAUGGUCAAUUUAUAGAUUUACAAAUUAAUGAAGAAAAUCUUAUUAAAUUAAUUGAAAAAUUCCCAACUAUAAAUUACAAAAUAAUUAUUGAAGAUUUAGCCCAAAGAGUGUUUGAAACAUAUCCUGAAAAUCAUGCUAAAGCAGGAUUAACCAAACGUGAUAGUAAUUCGCAAUAUAAGUAUCAAGCUACUGAAGAUGUUAUUGCCGAAGCUAAAGUUAAUGUAUUAUCUGAAUUAUUUUUCAAAGAGUAUAGACCAUUGGAAACUAUAGAGGCUUGGUUAGAUAUUUUGCAACAAACUUAUCCAGAUAUUCUUUCUUUUGAAGAUAUUGGUCGUUCUUAUGAACAUAGAACUUAUCGAGUUGUUCAUUUUUCAGUUCCAAAUUCUGAUAUUGAACAUCAUGAAAGAAAAACCAUUGUUGUUACUGGUGGUGUCCAUGCUCGUGAAUGGAUUUCAGUAAGCUCAGUAUUAUAUACUAUUUACUCCCUUAUAUUGCAUUAUCAUGAAAAUCCAACUUCAAAGAUUUUAUCUAAUUUGGACUUUUUAUUCAUUCCUGUUUCUAAUCCAGAUGGUUAUGAAUAUUCUUGGCAUACAGACAGAUUGUGGAGAAAGAAUAGACAAGAAACUGUAUUUCCAACUUGUUUUGGAAUUGAUAUUGAUCAUUCUUUUGAUUUCCAUUGGACUAAGUCAUCUGAUUGGGCAUGUGGUGAAGAAUAUAGUGGUGAAUUACCAUUUGAAGCAUUUGAAUCUCAAAUUUGGGAAGAGUAUCUUAAUGAAACCAAUAAUGAUCAUAAAAUUUGGGGUUAUAUUGAUUUACACUCUUAUUCUCAAGAAGUUCUUUAUCCUUAUGCUUAUUCCUGCAGUGAACAACCAAGAGAUGAAGAAAAUUUAAUUGAACUUGCUUAUGGUAUUGCUAAGUCCAUUAGAUUACAAUCAGGUAAAACCUAUAAUGUUUUACCAGCAUGCAUAGAUAAAGACGUUGAUUUAUUACCCGAUUUAGGAUCUGGUUCAGCCUUAGACUUUAUGUAUCAUAAUCGAGCAUAUUGGGCUUAUCAAUUAAAAUUAAGAGAUAGUGGAAGUCAUGGUUUCUUAUUACCAGGUAAAUAUAUUGAACCAGUUGGAAAAGAAAUUUUCGCAGGGAUCAAGUACUUCUGUUUAUUCAUAUUAAAUGAUGAGAGAUAGAGUCCCAAAAAUUAAAAUUAAAAUUGAAUUGAAUUGAAAUUGUUGUAUUUGUAUUUCCAUAUGAAAGUAGUGUAGUUUAAGUUUUUGAUUUUUUGUACAAUAAAAAUAACCGAUGUAUUUAUGCAGAUAAGCUGUAGCCUGAAAAAAAAACAUUUAAUGUUGAAAAAUAAAAUUUAAUUUAUCUUUGCAAUCAAUACGGGGUAGAAGUGCACAGUAAAGUUAACUGCGUAGUAUGAGAGUAGUAAUACAAAAAGUGAAGAAAGCUUCAGUAACUGUUGAAGGAAAUGUUAUUUCCAAGUAAGUAUAGUUAUACGAUGUUUGAAAUUUGAACACAUUUUAUUAUCAAGUAAGCAUACAUACUAACAACAUGUCCAGAAUAGAUAAGGGAUUAAUGCUUU